UAUAGUAGGCGCUUAGCGACAUAUAUGGCGGUCCGGAUCCAGUCCCCAGUACCUGGAUGUACCCGACAUCCAGGGAUGGGGUUUGUUUACGUGUGUGAAUCGUGCGAGAACAAGUUAAUUUGUGUGGACUGUGUAACAGACAGUCAUAACGGUCACACACUAGGUAAACUGACUGAUCACGUGGUGGACCAGAAACGGGAAAUACAGCAGUAUGUUCACGAGCUUUCCAAAACGGAUACUUCGAAAAUCGAGGAAUUAAAAGAUGUUCGUGUAUAUGAGACAAACGGUGGACGAUAUCAGAAAGUCAUCAGUGAUAUUAAACGUCAGGGAAAACAGAUGAAGUAUGACAUAGAUAGUGCCAUUGCCUUGCUAGUGAAAAUGUGUACCGAGUCAGAGAAAAUCAAUAGAGAUAUUUCUGAUAAAAACGAAACUGCAGACUUAACCAAACAUCUUAGAGAGGACCUAAAGCCAAGACUGGACAGACACGAGCAGGAACUGACACCCGAUGCAACUGUUGACGUCACUACAUUAGGACGGGAAAUGGAAAAUACUUCAAUUGAUCCACCCUCUCCUGGGCGUUUGCAGACAGUGGAGUUCAAACCAGGGACCGUCUCCAGCGAACUACUGGAACGCAUGCUUGGUAAGGUACUUGUCGACGGAGAAGUCCAGUCGUACAAACCUAUUCCGUUUCCUGUGCUUCUGUCCGAUUUUAAGACGUCGUUUCUUUUCGAUGUAUGCCGCACAUGUCCUACAGGUGACACGGCAUGGUUUUCGCACUGGGGAGACGAAUACGUGUAUCGAUUGGAUAUAAAAGGUAAUGUGAAGGAGGAGAUAAAGUGUGAGUUAGAAGUCCAAGCGAUCUCCGUAUCCCCGACUACAGGCAGAGGGUGGCUGUGUGUCUGUGAGGACCAAAGUAUCCGGGAAAUCACAACGGGUGGUGCCAUAGUUACUCGCUUUACUGUUCACCACACACCAGCUUCUUUGUGUAUCACUAGUGACGACAUGGCGAUAGUAGGGAUGGAGGGAGAAAUUCAAAUAUACACUACAGACGGCCGGGCAGUGUCAGAUGGAGCAGGAAGCCCAUGUCGACAGAUGGCAGUGUGGCCUCAUCACCUGGCGUCCUGUAAGCAGACUGGGGAUGUAGCUGCUGUUGACAGCGAGGGUCUAUCGUAUGAUGAGUACAUUGGUAUGGAGGAAUCAGACAUACAGCCACACGUCAUCGUGAUGGAUAAGUACCUGAACCGGAAGUUCAUCGUUAAAGACUUUGGUACAACUGAAUCAAAAGGAACUGCCAAUCAGCCAAAGUGUUACCCGCACGAUGUUUGUUUUGAUAGCUCUGGCGAUGUUCUUGUAACGGAAACUGUCACCAAGUCAGUGCGACUGAUUGACGGGAGUACUGGUCGCUGUAUGAAGACUUUUUAUGAAUCUUAUGUUCACGUACCAUGUUGCAUCAGCCUCCACGAGGACGGCACCUUCUGGAUCGGACAUGGGACAGGGUAUUACAUGGCCGUUUUGGGAAAUUGUCACCAGCUGGCUGAAAAAUGGGAAGAUUAACGCGGAAAGGCCUAUAAUUGCUAAAUCGACCUAUAUCGCCACCCGAUAAUACCGUGACUCUCGCCUACCGCUAAUCAAAUCCACAGAAAUGAAAUUCCACACUAUAUUCAUAAAUAGGUACAGGAUGUUGUAUUAAAACAAUAGGCGAUUUCUACUCAUAUUGUGUUUGUGAUGUAUAUAUGUGUGUCAAUGUUUGGCAUCGCCAUUCACGAUGGAAGCUCCGAGGGGAAAAAAACGUCUGUAAAAAGACGAACUGCGGCUCGAUUUGUGAUUUUUCUAUGUAUUCUACCCAAAUAAAUUAAGGAUAUAGAA